AUGCUUCGUCGAUGGGACAUGGCGCUCGAUGUCGAACGAGCCCCUGGCGCACUUUCCACGCGAGCCGAGCUUGCCUACCACAACGCAAAGCUAGAGUCAAGAAACUUUCGAUACACCACACCGGUUAUUCGACCCAUCCCGCGCGACCUUGCAGCAUCGCCGGCACUGGCAUCCAAGGCCUUUCGUUUGAUGACCGUGCCCAAGGCACUCCACAACGAAGUUGACGCUCUCCUGCACCUCCGCGAGACUGCUGGCUUGGGCUUACCGCUUAUCAUUCGGGAGCCACGCCUAACGUCCUGCACUCCGGACCACCUUCCCGACGUCUUCGGGGCGGUACCUUACGUCGACGUCAUCCGCUGCGCCGAGCACGGCGCCCUCAUCCUCUCUCACGACGUCCCCGCCACAUGGGUGCCAGCCUACUGGACCAUCUCCUCGCCCUCAUCACCCUUAAUGUCCAAAACUCACGCGCCUGCCGCCACUCGCCACUCACAAGUGAUCGACACAACCGGCGCAGGCAACUGCUUCCUAGGCGGCUACGCCAUCGGCUUCGUCACCACAGGCGACCCCAUCCAAGCCGCGCAUUUUGGUUCCGUGGCCAGCAGCUUCGUCGUCUAG